AAAACGGAAAACCCCAGAGGCUCUGAUCUCUCCGGGCUUCAGGGUCUGGGGUAGGGGGCAGCCUCCCCUUUGGGUCAGGGUCCUCGGAGCCUGCGAUCCAGCCUGCCUGGGGCUGCUGGUCGAAGGUCCCUGCCACGUCCUGAUUGGCCCGCCCCUGAGUAGGGAGUUCUAGAAGAGACGUGAUAACCUUUCACACCACCGUUUGCUUGUGACCGGAGAAGAAAGGAGGGAUGAAUAAGAGGCGCAGAGGAAUGAGUGUUAGGAUGGACCCUCGGGAUGGGACGGCUUUCCUGUUGGCGUAAAUCAGACGCCUGCAGGCGACUUGACUAGUGGCUUCAAACCCACACCCCACAGCGAGGGCCAGGCCGAGCUUCACCCCGACGGGUGGGGCCAGCGAGGGGUCUCAGGCUGAGAGGGAACCUGGACCGGAAGCCCGAAGCCGGGGGCUGGCAGAAGAUGAGGCUGGCGCCCAUGCGGCUCUACACGCUCUCCAAGCAUCACUUCGUCCUGGUGUUCGUUGUCUUCUUCGUCUGCUUCGGCCUGACCGUCUUCGUUGGGAUCAGAGGACCCAAAGUGAUCCAGACUUCUGCAGCUAACUUUUCACUAAAUAAUAGCAAAAAGCUAAAGCCAAUUCAAAUAUUUUCCAAACCACUGUCUACAUAUAAUCAGCAGCUAUGGCUGACAUGUAUUGUCGAGUUGGAUCAAUCAAAAGAAACAUCUAUUCAGACAACCUUCACCAUGACUGUUAAGGUUGAUGGUGUAGCUCAGGACGGGACCACCAAGUUCAUCCAUAACAAAGUUCACAACCGGACGCGGAUGCUCACCUGUGCAGAGAAAUGUGCAGAAAUCAUCGUGGCUCACCUCAGCUACCUGAAUUACACUAAGUAUACAGUGACUGUGGGAUUCGAACACCUGAAGCGGCCCAUCAAGGAAAUGAACUUCACCUGGAAGACUUACGACCCUGCGUUUUCCCAUUUGGAAAUCUGGUUCCGGUUCGUCUUUGUGGUGCUCACCUUCAUUGUCACUUGCCUGUUCGCGCACUCUCUCCGCAAGUUCUCCAUGCGAGACUGGGGCAUCGAGCAGAAGUGGAUGUCCAUCCUCUUGCCUCUGCUGCUGCUCUACAACGACCCGUUCUUCCCCCUGUCCUUCCUGGUGAACAGCUGGUUCCCGGGGAUGCUGGACGACCUGUUCCAGUCUGUGUUCCUGUGCGCCCUGCUGCUCUUCUGGCUGUGCGUGUACCAUGGGAUCCGGGUGCAGGGAGAAAGAAAGUGUUUGACUUUCUAUUUGCCUAAAUUCUUCAUUGUUGGACUACUGUGGUUGGCUUCCGUUACCCUAGGAAUAUGGCAGACAGUCAAUGAAUUACAUGAUCCAAUGUACCAGUAUCGAGUUGACACAGGAAAUUUUCAGGGAAUGAAGGUUUUCUUCAUGGUGGUGGCCGCCGUGUACAUCUUAUACCUUUUGUUCUUGAUCGUGCGGGCCUGCUCCGAGCUGGGUCACAUGCCUUACAUAGAUCUCAGGUUAAAAUUCUUGACUGCGUUGACUUUUGUCGUGCUCGUCAUCAGCAUCGUCAUCCUUUAUUUAAGGUUCGGAGCACAAGUGUUACAGGACAAUUUCGUAGCUGAACUGUCGACUCACUACCAGAAUUCAGCUGAAUUCUUGUCUUUCUACGGUUUGUUGAACUUUUACCUCUACACUUUGGCCUUUGUGUACUCGCCCUCGAAGAAUGCCCUGUAUGAGUCGCAGCUGAAGGACAACCCCGCCUUCUCCAUGCUCAACGACUCGGACGACGACGUGAUCUACGGGAGUGACUAUGAAGAGAUGCCCCUGCAGAACGGCCAGGCCAUCCGGGCCCAGUACAAGGAGGGCUCCGAGAGCGACUGAGGCCUGGCCGCCUGCCCCUGCGAGCGCGCCCCCGCCUGCCUUCCCCGGACCCGGACCCGUCUGACGCGCAGACACACCCUGGUCCUCAUUCGUUUACACAUGUUUGAAAGGAAAACCAAAACUGAAGGCUAAUUUAAAUGUUGGGCCUAAAUUUACCGUCACACUGACGGCAUUUAUUUGGGAAGAGAGGCCCUGACAAAAAGUUUUAGCCAAAUCAUUUUUUCAGAGAUUCCAGAUGAUGAGAGACAAACUAUUUUCAAUGGUAAGAAAGAAAUCAUUCCUGUUCUUAGUAGAGAGAAUUACGUGCUUUAAAAAAAAAGUUUGCUGAUUUUGAGUUCCCGGAAAGCCUUUGUGAAUGUGGCCCGCAGCAUGGUGGUGUUCCCUCCUUGCUUCCUUUCUCCCCUGCCCCGUGGCACCAGUUGUCGACCCUUCACAGGGAAGCCCAUUUCUGAGGCUGCCCCAGAAGGGCGGUCCUUCCCCGCUGAGCAGCCGGGGCUCCAGAUGACCACGCAUCUCCACUUCGGGUCACCGGGGUCAGUUGCUAUGAGACGUCUACGCAAGGGCUGUUGAGGGGGAGAGGGAGGCUGGGUCUUCAAGGUGAAGACCGCCACCAAAGCAGAGCCAGGGUCUCGGGAGUUCUGAGGAGGGUUCGACAGGGUUCCUUAAGGAUUGACAGGUCGUCAGCUCCAGUUGACAGGGAAGGGUCUAACUGUCACGAGUCUUCUAGAGGCCUGUGAGCCUUACGUCAUGAAUAUGGAUGAGGCCCCUGUGGUUGGGGUGGGGAGGAGGGUACCCAUGAAAUUCCAGUGAGCAGUAGCAGCUCUGUUAAGGACGAUACUCCUGUAAAGAUUUUUUUUUUUUUUUUUUUUUUUUCAAUAAAAGCUAAACAAGUGACUGGUAACAAUACUACAGAUUCGUUAUUGCCAAAAAGCUCUUCAGCUUCACAUUUGGAAACUAGGUGCAAGAAGGUAACACAUUUUUAGAUGGUUUAUGGAAGAACAUCUUUGGGGAGAAGGUAACUUGUGGGGAAUCAUUCCUGCCUCGUGAGCUUCACACGGUCGUCAGGUAAAUGGGUGAACUGCUCUGCAUAAGUGCCAUCUGGAGCUGCUGAACCCAGGAGAAGGCCCUGGAGACCCCCAGCUCCUUUCUGUCAAGGCCAAGUGUGGGAGGUGGAGCUGUCUCCUUUGCCUUUCCUCUGGCGUGCACACUCAUCUCUUGAACGGUUCACCUGUGAGCACUGCAGACAUCCUGAGGCGUGCCAUCUGGGCAAACACAACAGGUAGGGACGUGAUUGUUCCACCCUGCAAACAGCGCCUCCCCUUUCUCCAUCUAUGCAUCGACUCUCCAGCUACCACGCAGAGCUCAAAGGCACAUUCCUCUUCAGGUAGUGCUGGGGCCUUAGAGAGCUUCCUGAAAGACUAUUUAUUAUGACUUCGUACUUUUCUUCUUAAUUUAACGUACCUUUAAUAUGGAUUCCAUUUAUAUUUGUUUUUAAAACCCUGUAAAUAAGAAAGUUUGAAUUCAAACAGUUGUGUUGUUGCAAGGGUAGUUCAAGUUUACUGGUUUUUACAUCUGCAAUGAUGUGAUUCCUUUUUUUUGAUUCUGUAUAUUCAGAGGUAUUGAAAACAUUUUCUGUUACCAAAUUUACUUCUAUUAAGACUCAUAUAAGUAAUUUUAUGUCAACUGAUGAAAAGUUACUUGUGCUGAUUAAUGUAUUCUAGUAUGUUACAGUUUACAAGUUUUAAUCGUUAUAACUGUCCAUAAUUUGGAACGCUUUUACCAGUAAUUGUAAAGUAUCUGAGGCAUUUAGCUGUACACAUUUAGGCAUUUUUUACAACUUAUCCUUGUCCUGUAGUGUAACUGUUAACUGAUGAUUGAUCUUCGUACGUUGAUUCUUGAUAGCAUCAGGUCAGUGAAAUGAAAAAUAAGGGAGUAUUUAUUAACUUUCUGUAACUAGAUUGGAAACAAGGAAGUUAUAAAAGAAAGUACUUUAGGGGGAAAUGGUUCUUAAUAAUCAUGCAUUUUCAAUUUAUCUUCUCUGGUGUAUCAUAUAUGUCAACAUAUUACAUCUUCCAUGUAAAAAUGUGCUUAAAGUAUAUAGCAUUUAGCAUGUGCCAUAGGUACUAGGUUAUAACACUAAAGUCUACCAGCAACCUUAGAUGGUAGCAGGAAAAUUAUUAUUUUUUUGGUCUUGGAGGGUUAUAAGAGUUCUAUAAACUAAACUUAAAAAUCCAAAGGGCUGACUUUAGUUCUUCCAUGGUAACGGCGUGAAUAACAUCAUCUUGGGGAUAAUUUUUUAUACUGGUCUAGUCUGGGGAACCUGGAAGAUGACCACAGGCCUUUCAGUUUCCCUAGAGAGAGCUUCAUUAUCCAUGAGGAUAAAGGUCCGCUUGAUUUAUUAUUAAAUCAUUAAAGCAGCGCAGUGAUGCAGUUUUCUCUCUUAAGCCCCAUUUGAAAGGCUAAAGAAGGGGAUAUAUAAAAUAGAUUCAAGGUUUGUAAUAUUGUUCCUGUACAUAAUUACAGAUUGCAGUAAAAGUUCAGAUUCAGUAUGUAAAGCCAGCUUGCUAAAUGGGCAGGUUACAGGACAAACGUCAUCAGCCUCAAGUACUCUUGUGAACUGUUUACUCAAGGUAAAGUUAAUGUUCAGUAUGUUGUGACGUGGUCAGUAGCUUAUUUCCUGGAAUCCUCUUCACAGGGCAAAACACUGAAGCUUAGAGAAGGGGUGAUGAAAAGGGACAUCUCGUUGAGGACUGGAUGUAGGACACAAGAAUGUAACACCAGACUAUGAAACACAGAAGGAUUUUCUGCUACUGAAAACUGCCUUUUUACAAAAGGACUGUAAAUGUUUGUAAAGUAAAACAACUCUAAAUCUUAGGCUCAAUGGAAAAGCUAGAGCUGAAUAUUAGACCUUGGAAGUGCGUCAGCGAGCACACUACCCCGGGUCACAGAAUGAUCACUGUAAUCAGAAGUCAAUAAACGUUUAUUUACGGCA